AUGGAAUCGUUUUAUAAUCGGCGGAUUCACAUCUGGGCUUCCGUGGUUUCUCAGUCUGAUGCCACCGUGAAUCUUGUCCUUUCUCUCCGUGGAGGUAAAGGAGGGUUCGGGUCACUGCUUCGUGGUGCGGCGACGAAGUCUGGUCAGAAUAAGACCAAUAACUUUGAUGCGUUUAGGGAUAUGAGUGGAAGGAGAUUGAGGCAUGUGAACGCAGAGAAGAGGCUUGAGGAGUGGAGGGAAGGUGAAGAGGAGAGGAAGCUGGAGAAAAUAGCACAUGAGUUUCUGAAGAAGCAAGCGAAGAAAGUGAAACAAGAUCUUAGUUUUAUGCUUAGUACUUGUAAUUGUAAUGAAAGUACUAAGCCUUGA